AGAGACAACAUAAAUCAAAUCAAAAUUAGAGAUAAAGAAAGAAAGAAAAGAAGCGAUGGGGUUACAGGGCCAUGUGAGCGAUUGUUCAUCGGAAUCGAUCUUCAUCCUCUUCAUAGCAAUCAUCGCCAGCUGCCUAAGCUAUCUUCGCUCCGCUGCCUUCCUGAUUCUUCGUUCGCUCGGCCUCUCCCGAUUCGACCCCGACCACGUCGACGAUGGCUUCCUCCUCGACGCCGUCGGCUCCGGCCUGGCCCGCCUUAUCGUCCUCACCGAGCAGCUCGAUCUCAACCGCGUCUUCUCCCACCGAUACGCCGGCGAUGCGGGCGGCGAGGUUCCGCCGGCCUGCGUAGUGUGCUUGUCGGCGCUCGGAGAGGGGGAGCAGGUCCGGCGGCUGCCCUGCCGCCACGUCUUCCACAAGGGCUGCCUCGACGGCUGGCUCGAUCACCUCAACUUCAGCUGCCCGCUCUGCCGCUCGCCGCUAGUCUCCGAGCGGCGCGUGGCCUUGGCGGAGAAGCGCGUGAGCCGUGACAUCCUCGGCUUUUUCACCCUGCGGUGAAUGUUUCUAAUCGUUGCAAAUGAUGACGCCAGCCCUAAUCGGUUAUGUAUGGCAUGACAUCGGAUGGUGGUGGCGGUGGCGGUGGCGGUGGCGAUGAUGAUGGCGGUGGCGCAUGGUCAUGAUGAUUACAGUGGUGGAUAUUCAGAUGGGUUUUCAUUUUAUUUUGGGGGGGUAAUUUUGCCGUUUUGUUAAUUGUUUUUGGGAUAUUUUUAGUUUAAUGGCAGUUUUGAAGUUUUUCUAGCUGUCUUUUUGAAGAGCUCUCUGUAUUAUUGGGCUCUUUUUCUCACCGCUAUAAAAUUUUCACAGCUUUUCUUUUUGGUUA